GCUCCCGCAGGUUCUUAUUGAUUUCUCUUCCUGGAAUGUUAUCGAUAGCGUCGAGUGAGUUGAAUCGCGUUCAAAAGCCGGAGUCGCUCGGUAUAAAAGAAAAAAGGUCAGACAGACUCAACCGUAUACUGAAUUGCGAGGCGAUUCCCAGGAAGAGGAUAAUUAUUCAGAUAGGUAGCUAGUUCAUCCCUUGGCCGGAGCGGAGGAUUGAGAGAACGAAACGUUUGGACGCGGGUAAAAGUUAAGACGUCCCGCGAAGAGACAGCUUUCAGCUUCUUCACGUUCGGUCUACAGUGAAAUCAACGUGUCUUCCGUGCCGAAUGUUUCCGGUCAGUUGGGAGCAUCUCAUCAGAUCGCCACUAGACUAAGAGCACAUUCGGGCUGAUCUGCUAGUCGGGUGGCCUGGCACCCCUGGCUGUCUGCAGAUGCCACUUACGCCUCGCCAACCUCGGCCAGACUGACUCCUUACCAACAUCCCGAGGAUCCACCCGAGUUCUCUGAAGAAGGAAAGUGUGGGAAGUGCAGGACCGUGGCUGUAAGCCGGGCGUCUUGCUGAGAGCGCUGUCUGCUCUCAAGUUCGUGUCUGUGCGUAGCCUGUGUCGACGGUGUCCUCAGUGCUGCUGUUCCAAAAAAACAAACAAACAAAUAAAACAUAUGCAGCAAGAAUGUUCUCAAGCAUUGUGGGACUGAAUUUGUACAGGAUUAUCCAGCAGAGAUUUGAUGUCCCUUGUGCUCUGUUACACAUUUUUUGUGGACAUUAAAACAUCGUCAGAAAAAUACCCACUACUGGCCUAGUGUUUUGGGAUUUUCUUCAUGACAAUUCAUCAAGUGGGAAUGUUCCCAAAAAACUGUCCUCAUCUUCAUCUUCAUCAUUAUCCUCAUCUUCUCAGUGUGACGUCUGCCAACGGAGCACCGUAGUCUGUCUAGCUGACCCCACCCCACCCAGAGUAGCACCCCCCUCUGCAGUGUAGGUUUCCAGUGGACUUUAAUGCUGUGGAUUGAGGAUGAUGAUUCUUACACCCUUUCCAGGUGCAGACUUGAUAUUAUCAUUGGUUUCACUGCAGGCGCCUGCUUAGUCAAGAAGAUGCUUUGGCUUGGCCUUUUCAUAGAAGAAAUAGGUGACGGUUGCUCUGGAUGACAGGAGGAACUAAGGACCGACGUAAAUGACUUCAGCCAUGCCCUUAUUUGGAGUUCACUCACUUAGCAGACCUGCUUUCUUGAUGAAAAUGCGAAAGAAGCAUUUUUUUUAAUGUCCUGGAAUCGCCACCUUCCCCUAAUGUUUAAUUAUAGUCUAUAGCUAUUUUAAAGGAAGCCUUGAUUUUAGGACGUUCAGUUUCUCCUUAGUCUUUUGUAUAACAGCCCUUUGAAAAUUUUAAAAUGUUACUUCUAAUCAUUUAGCUACCUUUAUUUGCUAAUGGAUUUUUUGAGAUCAUUGUAAACACAAUUACCCUUGUAACAUAAAACGCUCUUCCUUGGAAAUGCAGCUUUUCGUCUGAAUCAAGUCCCUUUUAGCGUGACCCAGUGUGCUUGAAAGGCGCUGCCCUAUGGGAUCAUUUAACCUUUGACAUUUUUAACCGCCCACACACGGACAAACUGCGUCAAGUAUAGUUUGCACUGGAGGACCCUGGAAGUAGGCUUUACCCACAAGUGACAUCCACUGACAAGGGGGGCUAUGGGUAGCUCAGCCUCUUCUCUUACUGCAGAAACGGAGUCGGAUCAUGGGUUCCGCAGCGCGCCGUACUCAUCAUCGCCCCCUAUGGGCUGGUUAAGGAACAGCCACAGCAGCCCAGUUUGGGGAACCACCUUCAUCUCCCGGCAGCAGCAGGCGCCAAUCCCGCACCGUGAGCGCAGUCACUCCCAUUCCCCGGGUUCCAUGGCAACAGCGGUGCGGGGCAGCGAGUGGUCCUGCGGCCGCUGCACCUUCCUGAACGCGGGUGGUGCCCCACGCUGCUCCAUCUGCGAGGCGCCGCGCCAGAAGCCCGACCUGAACCAGAUCCUGAGACUGAGCAGCACGGAAGAGCCGCAGCGCUGGGCCUGUCCACGCUGCACCCUCAGCAACCCACACGGGUCCGGGGCCUGCUCCCUCUGUGGCUUUGGACCCUCGCCAGGCACGCCCGCUGCCAAUGGGCCCCUUCCAAUCCCAGCCGAACCUCCUGCACCUACCCCCCGCCCCCCGGGCCCAUCGCUGGCCACCGUGCUGGACACCCGCGUGCAGCAGCCGGCCGCAGAGGAGGCACGCGGGCCAGAGGGUGACGGCGAGGAACGGCACACGGAGCGGAGGAUGGGUUGGGCCUGCCCACGCUGCACGCUGCACAACACUCCUGUGGCACUUUCCUGCUCCGCCUGUGGGGGCCCCCGCAAGCUUUCGCUGCCCAAAAUCCCCCCCGAGGCUCUGGUGGUGCCAGAGGUGCGCACACCAGUGGCCGGCUUCCCUGGUCAUCCCAGUGGAGCAGCACCGCUCUUGGCUGAGGGGAUGGACGAUGUGCCCUCUGCUCCCUUGGAGGAGCCUCCUCGCCCCCCUUCCUUGCCCCCUCCAUCCAGCUUCACCCCUCUCUCCUCUCUCCAGAACAACCCAGUGCCGCGUAGCCGGCGUGAAGUGCCCCCCCCUGGCCGCCCCCCUAACCCAGCCCCUAGCCCCCACUUCUCCCUGCGCCCCCCCCCGCCUGUCCCCUGCGCCUCCCCAAGCCCAGCCCCAGCCCAGCCCCAGGACCCCUUUCCUGGCAAGCGCCUCGGCGUGUUGGAGGAGGAGGAGACUGGAGCCCCACUGACUCCACCCCCCUGCUGCUCCUCAGCCAAUCCAGGUUGCCCCUGCAAGUGUGAAUCAUGCCGCUCGUGCCGCAGUGACCACAUCGAUCUGGUGGGGGAGUCGGUGCGCUUUACACCGGCCAGCCCCUCCAGCCCCGACUUCAGCACCUGGUCAUGCUCCAAAUGCACGCUGCGCAACCCUACUGGUGCCCCGCAGUGCAGUGCCUGCGGCUCCUCCAAGCUGCAUGGCUUCCAGGACCCUGCGUCUCGCUGCCCCCAGUGCGGCCCUUUGGCUCCCUGUUCCUGUGCCGCCACUGCCCCCCCCGCUGCCCCCCAGGCAGGCAGGGGGGUCCCUCGCAAGCAGCCGCGGGUAUUCCCAGCACCGCCUCCGCCGCCGGUCGCACUGGAUGUGCCGUCCCAGUGGGCUUGCCCAGCCUGCACGCUGCUCAAUGAGCUGAAGGCCAAGCACUGCGGGGCUUGUCAUACGCCACAGCAGUACUUCACGCUGCGCAAGGGUGCCAAGCCGCUGAAGCGCAGGGAGAGCAUGCACGUGGAGGCGCGACGGCGCACCGACGAGGGCGAGGCCAAGGAGCUCUGGGAAAACAUUGUCAGCUUCUGCAGGGAGAACGCGGUGAACUUCGUGGACGACAGCUUCCCGCCCGGCCCACGCUCCGUGGGCUUUCCGGACGGCGACAGCGUGCAGCAGCGCGUUAAGAAGUGGCUCCGCCCACACGAGAUCAACUGCAACAACUUCAAGGACCGCGGCGUCAAGUGGUCCGUCUUUCGCACCCCCCGGCCCUCUGACAUCCUGCAAGGACUGCUGGGAAACUGCUGGUUCCUGAGUGCCCUGGCCGUCCUAGCGGAGAGGCCGGAGCUGGUGGAGCGCGUGAUGAUCACGCGGGGCAUCUGCUCGGAGGGUGCCUACCAGGUGCGGCUCUGCAAGGAUGGCACCUGGAUCACCGUGCUGGUGGACGACAUGCUGCCCUGUGACGAGUAUGGCUACCUGCUCUUCUCCCAGGCCCAACGGAAGCAGCUGUGGGUGGCUCUGAUCGAGAAGGCCCUGGCCAAGCUACAUGGGUCCUACUUCGCUCUGCAGGCGGGCCGCGCCAUUGAGGGCCUGGCCACGCUCACCGGUGCCCCCUGCGACUCACUCAUGCUGCAGGUCAGCUCCACCAACCCCCGCGAGGAGCCCAUCGACACCGACCUGAUCUGGGCCAAGAUGCUGAGCUCCAAAGAGGCGGGGUUCCUGAUGGGGGCUUCUUGCGGGGGGGGCAACAUGAAGGUAGACGACAUGGUGUACGAGUCCCUGGGUCUGCGCCCUCGCCACGCCUACUCCAUCCUGGACGUUCGAGAUGUGCAGGGAUACAAGCUGCUACGACUCCGCAACCCUUGGGGGCGCUUCUCCUGGAACGGGAGCUGGUCGGACGAGUGGCCGGACUGGCCUCAGCACCUGCGGCAUGAGCUGAUGGCGCAUGGGAGCAGCGAGGGCGUCUUCUGGAUGGAGUACGGGGACUUCAUCAAGUACUUCGACUCGGUGGACAUCUGCAAGAUCCACUCGGACUGGCAGGAGGUGCGGCUGCAGGGCUGCUUCCCGAGCCGGGCCAGCGGCCCCGUCACCGUGACGGCCUUGACGGUGCUGGAGCGGACGGCGCUGGAGUUCGCCCUCUUCCAGGAGGGCAGCAGGCGCUCGGACACGGUAGACAGCCACCUGCUGGACCUGUGCAUCAUGGUUUUCCGAGCCUCCUUCGGCAGCGGGAACAAGCUGACCCUGGGCCGCCUGCUGUCGCACAGCAAGCGCGCCGUCAAGAAGUUCGUGGGCUGCGACGUGAUGCUGGAGCCAGGAGAAUACGCCGUGGUCUGCUGUGCCUUCAACCACUGGCAGCUGAACGUGUCUGGAGGCGCCGUCACUCCCGUAUCCAGCCCCACCAGCAGUGGGCGCCCCAAUCAGGAUUUCCCAGGCUACGUCCUGGCAAUCUACAGUUCCCGGCAGGUGAUGGUGGAGCAGGUGGAGGCUACAGCGACCACCCUGGCAGAUGCUAUCAUCCUGCUGACGGAGAACAAGGGCGAGAGGCAUGAGGGCCGCGAGGGCAUGACAUGUUACUACCUGACUCACGGCUGGGCGGGGCUGAUAGUGGUGGUGGAGAACCGCCACCCGAAGUACUACCUCCACGUCUCCUGCGACUGCACCGACAGCUUCAAUGUGGUGUCCACGCGAGGCAGCCUGAAGACUAUUGAUAGCGUUCCGCCCCUGCACAGGCAGGUGCUGGUGGUCCUGUCCCAGCUGGAGGGCAAUGCCGGCUUCUCCAUCACGCACAGGCUGGCUCACCGCAAGGCCGCCCAGGCCUCCCUCGGGGACUGGACGCCCACCAAGGCCACGCACAGCCCCCAGCUCACGCCUGACACCGAGGGGCUGCACAAGCCCCGCCCUCUAUGACCAAGGCUCACCCCCGGCGGAUGGCUGCACUUGUCGGCGCCCCCUAGUGCUCCCCACCUCAAUCAGAAAGAAGAACCAUGUUCUCCUCCCCAUCAUUAUACUAUGGCAGAGAAGACUUUAUGCCCCCCAUAUAUUUUUGCUGGCUGGGGGGGGUCAUUGGCACAUACGAGGCCCUUGCCUCUAGCAUGGUGAUUGAUGCACGGGAGGGUUCCCCGGGACUGAUGUCAUUUCCAUGGCGGGUGAUCUCUGUCCUGCCGUUGGAAGGAUCCGCCAUGUUGGGAUCUGUGCUCGUCUCACUGGUCGUGCUGAAACUACUGAAUCUGUCCCAUCAGCCGCACUGGGCCAGUCCUCCUCUGCCGAGAGCGGCUCGAGGAGGUGCACCCCCAUGUUGGGGGGGCUGAUGUGGACUUGAUGUCGGCACACAGCGCUUUCCUGGCACUUUCGGUGGUGGUGGUGGUGGUGGUGGUGGGAUUGGGGGGGCAGGCCAGGGAGCAGCGAUUAAUCUGGUGCUUGUGCCAGCUGCUCGCCCCUGCUUUCAGGGGGGCCUGACACGCCCCUCCAGGGGUUCCUCUGUAUCCCAUGGUACUUCGGGCCACAGGAGCCACACUCCAUGCUGGAUUCAUGAUCCGGACGUGUUCGGCUGGGUCUCUUAGAGUCGUCAUCAUCCUUUCUGUUCAAUCAUGCGGUUCUGUUCCCACAGGGAGUCUCUGCUCAGGUUCACAAACGGCUCCCGUUUCUCUGUCCUGUCAGUCCGUCACUGUUUGUGCUGCUAUGACCUCGCUGUCCCGCACUGACGGUACUGCUCCGCGCCGAUGUCACCGUUCUGUCUCACCGCCUCUGCACAGGUGCCACAAGUGUGACGUGAAGCUAGGGGCCCCCACCUCACUGUCUGCAGGCUGGCUGAAGUACCCUGCGUUCUCUCUCUCUUUACCCCUGCUUCCUGGAAGUUUGGGGCUCCAAAAUUAUUGCACAUCAGUUUCCACUAGGUCAUUGCAAGCCAGGGCUUCAAAUGUAGCUGGUUAUAGAGAUUAGGAAAAGGUGGUGGUGGGGGGUCACACUGGAGAAAUCCCGACCCAUCCCUACAGCUGGAAAAUCAUUGCCCAAGUUGGAUCUUCUCAUCGUCCCUGGAUGUGACAGCUUCAUUCCUCAGGACUCUCUGGAAGUCCGUGUGUUGGGCAGUGACAUAUGGACUCAUUACGCCUUUAUCCCCGUGUAAUUAAUUACUUGUUUUCAUCUCAUUACAUUUUACUUUGCCAUAUAAGCCAUGUAUCUGGUCUGCGUCUCACAGUAGAUGAUCAUCAAAAUGGAGGCACCUGGUGAGGUUUCAGUCCUGUGUGUUCAUGCCUGUCUAUACUUAUGGUUGCAAGCGGUCAUUGUGCAUGGGACAGCAGCACGAUUCGAAACAUCAACAGCUUUGGAAAGACUGUGUUUCAGGUAUGGUCACCAGGACAGUCUUACAAUCCCCUGUCUUUCCUAGUCACAGUGGAAAAGAAUGCGUUUUGUAGUUUUUAACGUACCCAGCAUGCACCAGCACACGGAUUCUUUAAUCACAAGAUAAGUCACAGUCCACGGAUUUGUCCUCGUACCUCCAUUGUUUCCUGUUGCCUGAGGCCAUCGCUUGGCGUGAUUUGUUGAAGGCAAAUCGCAAGAGAAAGCCGGUUAGCACAGACACCACGACACGCCAGUCUCUUACCAGACCGUUCCCCUGUUUAUUUUCAGCCCAGUGACUGCCGGCUGAUUUCACACAGCUGCUCGUGGCAUCAGAGUCGGCGGUUUUAAGAGGUACACAGCAGUGAGCCCAUUUCUAACGAACGUGUCCUGUCUGGGAUCCCUGUGAGGCUUUAUUUCCGCACGCAGGCACUUCUUUUAAAAAUAUACCGCCCUGAGCUCCAGCAGGCCAUGCCUGAAAGCUGCCCGAACCGAGCCACACGGCAUGCUGGUAAAGGGCGUCCGCAGUCCCAGCCAUCAGCGUCUGAUUUUUCUCGAUGCCAAAACACAUCAGAGCACAUAGCAGAGCUCAUUCUAAAAUGAUCUAAAUGCUGCCGGGCGCAUAGUGUAAGCAUCAGCAUUCAUAGGAAGACUGCGGGGGGGGGGACCUUGUGCUCUGUGAUCAAUUAAUCAAUCCAGGGGGCACCGGGGAUUCUUCCGGCGAGAACACGGAACCUUGGUGGGAUGCGGCAGGCUGUGGAUGCAUGGGUUCUGUCUGAAAAUCCCUUCCUGGUAUGUCUCUCCGGCUGGCCUCGACCUUGACACAGAUUUUAGGUUCGUUAGCUAAUUAUACAUUAGCGGCUGCGCGUAAACUUGAAUGAAUCACCUUGCAGUUAGGCAGCGUUUUUGCGCUUGGCGGCGGUGAGGAGGUCGCCGUCCUGUCCUGCGGUUCCCCUCCUUUUGUUUUUACGUUAUCGGUACCGUCCAGAUAAGACAGGAGUCGGCUGCCAGACGUCCUUGUCUUAUCUCACAGAACCCUGAGUAUCUGAGCUUUUAGGGCUUAACCCAGACUCGUACAGGCACAUCUUCUAUGUUAUUGGAAUGGGCACUAAAGGGUAAUAGGUUCUUUUUUCAUUUAGCAUAUUAUUAAAGUGAUAAACCUUCUUUAUGUGGGGUAAUUGUGGGGUUUCCCAUAUGCUGGGGAAUCCCUGUCUUUCGAUACGAGCCGCGCCGCAUGCAGUGACUCUGCAGAGCGCUUUUGCAUCGUCACAUGUCGUCCGUCGUCCUCUUGCCAUUUUGGCGAGCGUCUGUGUUGUUGGGGUCGCGAGCCUGAUCUCGGAGUAGUACUGGGACCCGCCCAGGAGGGGGCGCUCUGUUCAGUGGGAUGCUGACCGUCCUCUAUCCCCGGCUUCAGCUGCCAGCCUCCGUUUCUCUUUUUAUACGACAGGACAGACACCAACACUUUAGUCUUUGCCAAGCUGUGAAUAGAUUUAUCCUACAUAGGAAAACAAACGUAUGUUGCAGCAGAUGGAAUAUGGAGACAACACUGUUGGGCAAGAAUGUGACGUUUUAUCAGUUUUAGAAUAAAUGUAAAUGCAUUACAUAUGUAUGUAUGAUUAGUUUGAAACUCAGGUUCUAAAGGACCAAAUAAACUUUUGUUUUUUAUUAAA